UGAAGACCCUCAGAGAGCUACAGCGCCCUUGCAAACCCACGCCUCUAGCGGCGCGCAGCAGCAAAACAAGCUCCAGCCACGGCUUGGCGCGUGAGGAUCAUCACGUGACGUCAACGCGUCGGCCUGCGGAGUUUUGUGGGUGCGUGGAGCGUCAAACGGUUCAAAGAGGAAGGAAGAUGGCGGAAAACAAAGGCGGAGGGGACGGCGAGAGCCCCGAAAAUAACAAACCAGCUCUGGCUGAAGAGGAUACCCCUACCCCGGCCGAGAAAGAACACGAGAGCCCGGUGACUAGUGAGCUUUCAGCGAACGGAGCGGAGGCCCAAAGCCCGGAGAAUAACGACCAGGCUCCGAGUGGAGGAGGAGGAGGAGGGGAGGACACCGCCAGCGGUAAUGGCAGCCCGGAGAACGGAGAACCCCCGGGCUCAGGCGAGCCCGAGGAGGUGUCUGCCCGGGAGACCGAGGAGGUGUCUGCCCAGGAGACCGAGCAGGUGUCUGCCCAGGACACUGACGUGGUGUGUAUUGAGGUGGUGCCAGCUCCGGCCCCUGCUCCUCCGGCGACUACUCCAGCGAGUACUCCGGCCCCCAGCACCGCGGAGUCUCCCUCUCCCGUCCCCACAGCUCCGGCGGCUCCUCCGGCCCCGGCUCUCCCGAUCAACCUGCUGGAUACUUGCACGGUGUGCAGACAGAGCUUGCAGAAUCGGGACUGCGAGCCCAAACUGCUGCCGUGCCUGCAUUCGUUCUGUCUGCGCUGCAUCCCGCAACCCGAACGACAGCUCAGCUUGCAGCUACCGGGCCCGCACGGACAGGAGAUUCAGAUCGUGAACGUGAUGCGCUGCCCAGUGUGCCGGCAGGAGUUCAAGCAGACCGACCUGGUAGAUAAUUACUUUGUGAAAGAUACCUCGGAGGUCUCCAGCCGCUCGGAUGAGAAUUCGGCGCAGGUGUGUACGAGCUGUGACGACAAUGCUUGCGCCGUGGGCUUCUGUGUGGAGUGCGGGGAGUGGCUUUGCAAAACCUGCAUCGAGGCCCAUCAGAGAGUCAAGUUCACCAAGGACCAUGUGAUCAGGAGGAAAGAUGACGUCUCUGCUGAACCAGUGGGAACCUCAGGACAGCGGGCUGUGUUCUGCCCGAUCCACAAGCAGGAAGCUCUGAAGCUGUUCUGUGAGACCUGUGACCGGCUGACCUGCAGAGACUGUCAGCUGCAGGAGCACAAGGAGCACAGAUACCAGUUUUUGGAGGAAGCUUUUCAGAACCAAAAAGGGAUAAUCGAGACCUUCAUGGCUAAGCUUCAGGAGAAGAAGAAUUACGUUCACUUUGCUUCCUCUCAGGUGCAGAGCAGGAUAAAGGAAGUGAACGAAACUCAUAAGAAAGUGGAACAUGAAAUCAAAGUGGCUGUUUUCACCCUCAUCAAUGAAAUCAACAAAAAGGGAAAAUCACUAUUGCAGCAGUUGGAGAGUGUGACAAAGGAGCGCAAUAUGAAGCUGAUGCACCAGCAGCGUGACAUCACCAGCCUGUCCCAGCAGAUCAUGCACGUGCUGGGCUUCGCCAACUGGGCCAUCUGCAGCGGGAGCAGCACUGCCCUUCUCUACAGCAAGAGACUGAUAACGUUCCAGCUGCGGCACAUUCUGAAGGCUCGAUGUGACCCCGUCCCUUCGGCGAAUGGAGCUGUUCGCUUCUUCUGUGACCCCACCUUCUGGGCAAAGAACGUCGUCAAUCUGGGUAACCUGGUGAUCGAGACCAAACCAAUUCCCGUCCACGCCCCGAACGUGGUAGUGGGUCAGGUUCCUAAUGCGCAGAACCACGCAGGGAAGCACCUGGGGCAGAUCAACCUGGCUCAGCUGCGGCUCCAGCACAUGCAGCAGCAACAGCAGCAGGCUGCCUAUGCGCAGAAGCAGCAGCAACAGCAACAGCAGUUACAGCUCCAGCAGCAACAGAUGCAGCAGCAACAAAUGCAACAGCAGCAGCAACAGCAACAGCAACAGCAGCAGCUGCGCAUGGUGCAGCACUUGCCUCCACACCCACGGCAGGGGGGGCCACAGAUGGUCCAGCAGCAGCAGCCUCCCCGGCUGAUCAGCAUGCAAGCCAUGCAGAGAGCCGGGAUUAAUGGAGCCGCCUACCAGGCACACCAGAUGCGACUGGCCCAGAGCCAGAACCAGAACCGCAUGCCAGGCGUCCCGCGGCACAACGGCCAGCAGUACCCCAUGAUGCAGCCGCAGCUCCAGAGACAGGUGACGUCUGACCCCGAUGGGCUUGGGGGGUCUUUAGGAAGGCAUUCCAACCCAGGCCAUGCCGGCCCAUUCCCUGUCGCUUCACUCCACAACAGUGCUACCAACCCAACCAGCCCCACCACCGCCAGCAUGGCCCACGCCCACCGCGGUCCAACCAGCCCCUGUGUGUCCACCAUCGAGCUCAUCCCCUCUGUGACCAACCCUGAGAACCUGCCCUGCCUGCCGGACAUCCCGCCCAUACAGCUGGAAGAUGCUGGCUCGAGUAGUCUAGACAAUCUCCUGAGCAGAUACAUCUUCGCCAGCCAACUUCCUCCAGCUCCCCCAACCAAUAUGAUCCCGUCUCCCGGACCCUCCGCUCUGUCUCCAGGGUCUGCAGGGAUUUCUAAUUCACACACACCAGUGAGGCCCUCCAGUACCUCCAGCACAGGGAGCAGAGGCAGUCGCCCUCAAUCCCUUUGCAGCUGUUCGUCUGGGCGGACCAUGUCAGGGGUGGACGCGGUGAAGGUCAAGCAGGAGCCGGGGACGGAGGAGGAGUGUGGCUUUUCGGGGGCGGUGGUCAAGCAAGAGCGGGUUGAGGACGGCCGCAGGAGCGCCUGCAUGAUGAGCAGUCCGGAGAGCAGCCGGACUCCCCCGCUGGCUGCCCCAUCCUCAACCCCAUCCUCAACCCCCCAGGAGCCGGCCCCUCUGCGGACCCUGGAGGAGCAUGUCAAGGAGGAGCCCAAGGAGACGACGGGGAGCUGCCGGCAGCAGGUGGAGACCACUGUGACGAACGGGAAGGGCUCCGUGCGCAGCUUCCUGCACCGCCCUCCCCGCGCCGCCACGGCCGCCACACACAGCAGCGAGCACAAGGACGACGACCCCAACGAGGACUGGUGCGCCGUGUGUCAGAACGGGGGCGACCUGCUCUGCUGCGACAAGUGCCCCAAAGUCUUUCACCUCACCUGCCACGUUCCUACGCUGCUCAGCUUUCCCAGCGGAGAGUGGAUCUGUACCUUCUGCAGAAACCUGGCCAAACCUGAGGUCGAGUACAAUUGUGACAAUCUGCAGCACAGAAAGAAGGGGAAAACCGUGCACGGGCUCAGCCCUACAGACCAGAGGAAAUGCGAGCGUCUCCUCCUCUAUAUCUUCUGUCACGAGCUGAGUGUCGAGUUCCACGAGCCAGUCUCGGCUUCUAUACCCAAUUACUACAAGAUCAUUAAGAAGCCUAUGGAACUGACCACGGUAAAGAAGAAACUCCAGAUGAAACACUCGCAACACUACCAGACUCCGCAGGACUUUGUGGCCGACGUCCGCUUGAUCUUCAAGAACUGUGCAAAAUACAAUGAAAUGUCUCGAAUUAUCCAAGUUUAUGAUGAGAAAACCCAGAUUAAUUUGCAGGCUGAAUCUGAGGUGGCGCAGGCUGGCAAAGCGGUCGCGUUGUACUUCGAGGAGAAACUCAAGGAGAUUUAUGGGGAUCAGAACUUCCCUCCCCACCCAGACACCGAGCCGGAGGAAGACGAGGAAGUCACAGAAGAUUCCGACGACGAUUUUGUCCAGCCGAGGCGCAAACGAUUAAAAUCGGAAGAGAAGCCGCUACACAUCAAAUGAGAUUUCAAAGACACUUUCCAAGGAGCCAAGGAAGAUCCACAGUGAAGUGCGGACCUUUUUGAAAGAGGAAGAUAGAUAGAUAUAUAUAUAUAUAUAUAUAUAGAUAUCUAUCUAUCUAUCUCUACCUAUAUCUGUCCUGACGGAGAAUAGGAAUUUACUCUGAAUGCCCGAAGGACAGCAAAGACAGUGUUAGUAGAAUUAAAAAAAGUUGUACAGAUUGGGGGGGGGGGAGAGAGAGAGAAGGGGAGGGGUAUUCCAGUUUUUUUUUUAAUUUUAGUUUGUUAAAUUAAUACUUUGUUCUUUUUUUUUAUCAUUAUUAGUUUGUAAAUCUGUUGUGAAUUAUGCUUUAUAAAAGGCUCCGAAAACCCCAAGGUACAGUGUAAAUUAAAACUUGUAAAAAAAGAAAGGAAAAAAAAGGCUUCAUAAAGAUGAUAUAUAUAUAUAUAUUUUGUUGGGCAGCAUCUUCUCAGAUACAACAGUGGACUGGAUCUGCCUGGAAAACAAACCCUGAGAGAUUGUGGGUCUGUGUCGACUGCCCCAAGGAGAAUUUAUUUUUGUGUCUGAGCAUUUCCAGCAUCCCUUUUGGAAGAUUCUGUCCUGCAGCUGUCUGACCUUCUCUCUUCUUCCAUGUGGGGAUCUCCAGCUCACUCGUACCCAGCCUUUCAUUCCUGUCCAUAUGAACAGGAUGCCCUGCACCUCAAGCAGGGGUGAAAUAAUGCUAUUGAGGAGUAUAAAUACCACCAGACAGAGAAAUCCAUUUGGAGACUGUUUUCAAUUCUAUACUCCUGUUUUCUGUACUACGUGGGGCUGGGGCAGCUUAAUCCACUAGGAUUGAAAGCACAGGAGUACACAGUAACGUGAAGCUGAAGUCGUGUAUGGGUUAAGACUGCAAACGGCCUUAUUUAUUUCAUUGUAUUCAACAAGAAACUUUUUUUUUUUAAAUUAAAAUUGUAAUAACGGCCGUGGAGACUGCAGCUGCUCGUUGUGAAACUGCUUGGAUGUUCUCGAGGGGGGGGGGGGGGGGGGUUCUUUUAAAAAUCUCGAUCCAUACUGUACAGCCACCCUUGUCAGAAUUGGUACAGCUCUCUACCUUUCCUAAGCCGUUACCUAUCUGUUUCCCUUUUGGUUCAUCACCUGGCUUACCUGGUGACCUGGAGGAAUUGCAGACUUGGAGUAUCUUUUUAUUUAUUUGGAUUUUCCAGUUGAUGGACCCGGGGUUGGAGGAUCUCCAUGAAAUUGUGUCCUGUUACAGCAUGGCUGUUCUGUACCUCUCCUUUUCUGACUCUUCCCCCUCCUCGAUUUAUACUGUUGUGCAUGCUGCCCAUGCUGCACAGCGAUUACUGCGUUUAAGAUCUUCAAAUGGUGACACUGGUUUAGUUCUUAUUAAAGAUAUUGUUUUAAAA